AAAAUCACGCAUUCCUUGUUGACUGACAAAUUGGUCUAGUACGGCCCAAGAGUAUAAUCCACCCGUUGACGCAAUAGAAUAGCCUACUCAACAUUAUUUUCGAGGAUAUAACACGCGCUCAUCUAACGGCCUUACAGUAAGAAAAUCGCGAUCUAAGCGCGAGUACAGAAAAUGGCGAUUACAAACCCAAAUUCUCUCAGAAUCACAACGGUCUCUCCGAUUUCAAAGCCCCUAAAACCAACCCACGCUUUCCCCUAGGUCCCUCCAUUGUCAUCUUCUCCAAGCUUCAGUACUCUUCUGCAACUACUGGUUCAGUUCACUCAAAUCAUUCCAAAACCACCAAAAAAAGUAAAGUUCGGACUAAUACUGAGCUUAAACCUGGGUCAUUUGCGUUUUGUAUUCCUUGGGAGAGAAGAAUUUUGAAGCCUGAAGGUUAUUAUGCGAAGCAACAGAGGCGAAGAAGCUAGGCACAUCAAUGGCGUUCGUAGCAGUAGUAAAACUAGAGGUGCUGCUAGUACUUUGAAGGUUUUGAUAGAGAGGCGGUGUUUGGCUCCUCUGACAGAAAACGACGAUGUUAAUCAUCUUGAUGAUCAUGAUGUGCGGAGCUACAGCUCGUACCGCAAGCUUCCUCAGCUUCAGUAUCUCAAGCUCGAUGGCACUGCCUUUGAUGUGUUUGUUGUGAAAAAUGCUACGGUAGCAGAACUUAAAAAAGGGAUAGAAGAAGUUUUUAGUUCAUCGCCCAAAGAAGGUCAAGACAAGAUAUCCUGGUCACUAGUCUGGGGACACUUCUGCUUAAGCUAUCAAGGUCGGAAACUAAUUAAUGACAAAGCACAAGUUCGACAUUAUGGGAUUAAAGAAGGUGAUCAGCUUCAAUUCGUCAGGCACAUGACCAUCAAUUAUUCACCAUUAAAGAAAAUUAGACCAAAGAAAGAAAGUAUUGCUUGGAAAAAAGAUUCCCAAUUGUCGUCUGGAUCAAACGACAUGAAGCUUAGUACUAAGGGUCAGGAAAAUGAUCAAGAGAACAAUUUGAAGCGUCCUAUUAAAGAAGAAGAAGAUGAAGAAAAUGCUGCUCCUCAGUUUAAGAUGGCUCAUUUCUUAAGAGGUUUACUUUCAUAUUCCAGGUUGUGGGGUUUUUCGAGAAAGAGAUCAUCAUCAGCAGACUGUAGUAGGACCAACCGUCCUACCAGAUUCUCUCUGCAUUUUCUCAAAACGUAGUAGAAUGUUUUAGAGAGUAGCUAGGUCACUACAAGUUAGAGAAAUUGAAGUAAAAUUAGCUCAAUCAUAGUAUGUGAACCCUGUCUAUUUGUAUCUUUUGUAUUUUGGUUAUUGUAUAAAGGCAAAUUAGUUCAUAGUAUGUGAACCAUGCAAAUGCAAGAACGCCCUUAAUUUUUAGUCUUGUCUUUGUCCCACUCGAAGGACUAAAUCCA